AUGAAUGGUAUCGAGUUACCCGUACUUUUUGACACGGGUGCACAAGUAUCAAUCGUGAGUUCAAAAGAGCUUAGAAAACAUUUUCCACAGUCAGAGAUAAAAGAUAUCGCAGAUCUCCUUGAUCAGGACAUUGAGUUAGAACUAACAACAGCCAAUGGUUCAAAAUUGCCAUACAGUGGGUGGGUUAAGAUGAAUUUCAAGCUUCUGAAUUCAAAUGAAGAUGCAGUAGAAGUACCAAUGCUAGUAACUGAAUUCGAACUUGAGCAGUCUAUUAUUGGGUACAAUGUAAUCGAAGAACUUAUCAAAAGUCAACAACAAGUCCCAGAUGAGACUAACCUAGUAACUGAAUUCGAACUUGAGCAGUCUAUUAUUGGGUACAAUGUAAUCGAAGAACUUAUCAAAAGUCAACAACAAGUCCCAGAUGAGACUAACCUUAUCUCGCUGCUAUCAGCAAGUUUCUUUCAGACGUCACAAUCAGAUUUAAAUGCUUUUGUGAGUUUUGUUGACAGCAAGUCAACACCAAUAUUUUCCACUGUUAGAACAGGCAAGAAAAGCAUUAUUGUUCCAAAGGGCAGUACAGUAAAGAUUUCAUAUCGCAGCAAAGUUGGAUUAAUUAGCCGACCAACACCUAUGCUGUUUGAGCCCGAUAACGAGUUAAGCUUCCCCUCUGGUUUGGAAGUACAUGAGUCUUUGCUCACUUUGAAAAGGGAAAAUUGCGACAAGGUGGGAAUUUAUGUCAUUAACACUAGUGCACAUGACAUCACUUUGAAAGGACGUACAGAAAUGGGUUUUCUGCAACCUGUUAGGUCAGUUACACCAGUUGAGUUGAAGUUCAAAGAUCACAAUGAAAUGGAUAAAGAAGAAAAUCCAAAAGAACUCAAGUCUACAAGGAAUGAGCAAUACAGGACCAGUCAAAGACAAUUAGAGGCUGAUGAGAAGCUAGCAACGGACGUGAUACCAAAAGUUACUUUAGGAAAUCAUUUGAGUGAAGAGCAAAAACGGAGUGUACAGCAGAUGCUUUAUGAAGAACGUCAUGCCUUUUGCACAAGUAGCCAAGAUGUAGGUUGCGCAGAGGGCCUCAAACAUAAGAUCAUACUUAAUGUUACAACACCGGUGCAGAAACAUUACAUUGCUGUCCCAAGAUCCUUGUACCCUGAACUCAAGAGAUACAUCGAGGAUCUCCUGAAUCGCAAGUUCAUCGAGAAAUCAAAAUCGCCAUAUAGUAGCUGUUGUGUGAUUGUCCGAAAAAAAGAUGGCUCAAUGAGGCUCUGUAUUGACUACAGAGAACUAAAUGAUAAAACAACAGCAGACCGUCAUCCAAUACCCAGAAUUCAGGACACGUUGGACAGUUUAUCCGGAAACAAAUGGUUCUCCACUAUAGAUCAAGGGAAAGCAUAUCAUCAAGGCUUUAUGGACCCAGAAAGUCGCCAUUUAACGGCUUUUGUGACACCCUGGGGUCUCUAUGAAUGGAUAAGACUUCCCAUGGGCCUCAAAAACGCUCCAGCAGAAUUUCAACGUUAUAUGGAGAGCUGUUUAGGGGAAUUUAGAGACGAAUGUUGUGCACCAUAUCUUGAUGACGUCAUUGUAUACUCAAAGUCAUUCAACGAGCACGUGGAGCAUGUAAGAAAGGUUCUACGACGAUUGAAAGAAAAUGGUAUCAAGCUGAAAGCUGAAAAAUGUGACAUGUUUAAGAAAGAAGUUGUAUAUUUAGGUCGAAUCGUGUCUGAAGAUGGUUAUCGCAUAGAUCCAGACAGCACAAAAGCAAUUCUCAAGUUACGUGACUACACACCAAAGACUAUUGGUGAAGUUCGUCAUUUGACAGGUCUACUGGGUUACUACCGUCGAUAUAUUGAAAACUUUUCCAGAGUAGCAAAACCCAUUUAUGACUUACUCAAGGUGGAGCAGCCAUGCACUUCCAAAGUAAAGAAAAAAGACACACGUGGGAAAGGAGGUCAAGCAUCAUCGCGUGCGUCAAUUGUCUGGCUAGAGCCGCAUCAAAAAGCUCUCAAUUAUCUUAUAAGCUGUCUUACCAACCCUCCUAUCAUGGCCUAUCCAGAUUUUAGCAUCCCAUUUGUACUUCAUACAGACGCAUCACAAGAUGGACUUGGUGCAGUCUUGUACCAAAAACAGCAGGGGAAAAUGAGAGUGAUAGGUUAUGCCUCUCGGACGCUAUCUCCAGCUGAAAGAAAGUACCAUUUACAUUCCGGGAAACUGGAGUUCCUAGCAUUAAAGUGGGCUGUAACUGAACAGUUCCGCGACUACUUGUUUUACGCUCCAAAAUUCACAAUAUAUACUGAUAACAACCCUUUAACAUAUGUUAUGAGUACAGCAAAGUUAAAUUCUACAGGGUAUAGAUGGAUAGCUUCAUUGGCAGAUUUUGAAUUCACCAUCAAGUACCGACCGGGUAAAGCGAAUGUUGAUGCAGACUUCUUUUCAAGAAUGCCAACAAACAUUGAGAAGUUCAUGGAAGAAUGCACACAAGAAACAUCACAGGUGGAUUUUGCAGCAACUAUCAGUGCAGUUACCACCAGGCAUCAAGGUAAUGUGUAUUGGAUCCAUGCAGUUUCACUUAACCAAAAUACUACCCAACUAUUAGAUGCAAACAAAAUGGAAAAACACACUCCCCUGCCUCUGCAGAACAUCUUACAAGCGCAGAAGGAGGACCCUGAUGUUGCCCGUGUCUUAGCUUAUAAAGAACAGCCAGUUAGGCCUUCGUUUCAAGAUCGACAUGGUGAAUCAGCUGAGGUAAAAACACUAAUGCAUGAAUGGAACAAGCUGAUACUGGGAAAAGACAGAGCCUUGUACCGAAAGACAGCCAACAGGUUGCAGUUGGUUUUGCCAAAAAGAUAA